AUGGCGUUAGGUGACAUGUCUUUUGAGACUUUGCAGAUCGGUCAGCUUUGGUCAGGGGUUGUGCACUCCGAUCAAGGAGGCUUAACUGCGCAGUGGACUGGCGAAAAGCUUGUGAUACAUGAUGAAGACUUCCAGAGUGGUAUCUUUACUUUGUAUCAUCUCAAGUUCUUGGGCAUUUUCGAGGGCGUUGCUUCAUUGAGGUUUGAGAAGGAUUCGCACUGUUUUUCGGCAAAACCUGUGACGACAGCUUCCUUCAGGACCAUUGUUGACAUCUGCUCAGGGCUUGGUGGAAUGUCGCAAGGCCUGCGAGGAUUGGCAGGCCACACGUUGGUGUUUGUUGAUCAUUCUCCAUUGGCAAUUGCUACCGUUCAGGAUAAUGGAGGCAACGCACUUUUGGGUGAUAUCACAACCGACAGUGUCAAGCUACAGAUCCAGCAGCAGGUUCAGCACAGUGACUGCGCUAGCACAGUAACGGCCGGCAUCCCGUGCCAGCCUUAUUCACGUCAGGGACAGCAACUUGGGGCAGAGGAUUCCCGGAGCCAGGUCCUGCAACAUGUCUUGCAAAUCGGUUGGCGCUUGCAAGCGCCUUGCAUUGUGCUCGAGUGUGUUGCGGAGAUCGCAGGGCACAAGGACAUUAUGCUUACCCUUCAAGAGUUUGCACAACGAGCAGGGCUUGCCUUGAACCAUGUAGACCUUGAACUUGGGGAUGUUUGGGUUGCACAGAGACGCCGCUGGUGGGCAUGCUUGGUCCCUGCCACAGAACCUGCUCUGCGCCUUACGCCGUACCCCAAGCUUUCUCAGCCUCUAGCAAUUCAGGAUGUGGUCCCCGCGUGGCCUUGCUGGUCCGAAGCAGAGGAAGCCGACCUCAUGUGGACCGAGGUCGAAAAUCGCCUAAUGGCAGACCCACUUUACGGCAAUGAUCAGCGUGUCCUCAACCUUCGAGGUCAGUCUCCCACCGCCCUGCACUCGUGGGGCAGUGCUUUACGAGACGAGUGCCCGCUAGAUCCCAUCGUUCUGCUGGAGCAUUUCAAACAGCGACUGCUCUGGGACAGGCAGGAUUUAUGGCCGCUUCCUUCUCUGUGCACACAAGGCAACGUGCCCAUCAAGUUUGAAGCCGCGAUGCGGUUGCCUCCUUCACCUGUGCCCUGGAAAGUCCGUGAGGUUGCGCAGGCAGCAAAACAGGUUGCAGGUCCAGGUUUUUCUGUGCAAUUCUGGUCGGGCAAGCGCUUGCUUCCUCCAGAUGCAUUUCUGCAUGCCGCGACAGAGGACUACUCAGUUCGCAUCCAUCCCAAGCGGAACGCCAAGCCUGGCGGACCUGUUUCUGCAGGUGCUGUUGCCUCCCAUUGCCGUGUUGCACUUGUAUCAGCCACCGGGACGGUGAUCCACUCGUGCCCUGUAGGCCUCUCCGCUUUUGCCUUCCUUGCAGAACAUGCUGCCCCUGCGGGUUAUGCCCAGAUCAUUGGCAGCCAGGAGAGUGACCUCUCUGCGCCUCUGCUUCAGGAUGCAGUCAUUGAUGCGCGACCGCCCGCCAAAUGCCCCGGCACAGUUGGAGCCAUCUCCGAUGCCGAUGUAAAGCAAGCCGUCCAAUGCCUCAACCACUUUCUGCCGCAGCAGUUCGAAUGUGUUCCACCUGACCUUGCCGCCGCAAUCGCUGGCCUCUCUAUUGAUGGGGCCAAGCAGUCGGGCUGCUUCCAAGGAUUCCUUCAGCCAAGCAGCCGCAUUCUAUUGCCAUUUGUGAAAGACGAGCACUGGGCAUGCCUGUGUGUACAUGUCCCGGGCCGACUCACAGCAUAUGCCAAGCACUUCGCAGCAGUCCUGGCAGCUCUGCUUGGCACCGAUGCCUAUGACUUCGUCCAAGGAACUUGGUUCGUGCAGACUGAGGCUGAUUCCUGCGCCGCGGUCAUGCUAAGGCACCUCUGUGCCUGUGUUGCAGGCCUGGGGCCCCAUGUCGAGGGCUUGCUGCUUCAGCUGUUGCAGGGAAUCUCUUUACCUGGCAGGGCAUAUGGCACAGGCGGUCUUUCCACAGAGCAAACAGGGUCCCUCAAGGCCAUCUUGCUUGAGAAGGGGGCAUGGACACAACUUAAGGCCAUCGCAGCCAAGCCUGGCAACAUGUUCCGUUGGAUCCCGGCUGACGAGCUUGCUCAGCACAUCGAGGCCAGAGCCAACGCUAAGUUCGGCACUUCCAUCCCGAAUGGUAAAGCCAAGAAGAGACGUCAGCCUGUCCAGAAAGCGCAAACACCGCUUCAGGUUGACCCAUCAAAGCUCCAGAGUGCACCUGAUUCGUUUGUGAAUGGGGACGGCACCUCCCUUAAGCAACUUGCCUUUCACGAGAUCGGAGCGGAGACAUCCGGGGUUGCCUUCUGCAGCGCCGCCCAGGCGGCACCUUUCCUCGCAUCGGGCAGGUCGCUCAGCGUGGACUCGCUUGGACUAGUUUGUGUCAGCACGCUUGCGCCAGAACAGCACGGACUUGCCUCAGUUGUGGCCAUCCACUUUCCUGCAGUGUAUGCCCCCACCAAUGAGGCCAUACUUCUGAGAGGCUCCCUCAUCCAGUUGGGAGACGAACCAGCACAGCUCCGCCAGAGCCAAAUUGCUGACACCGAACAGCUUGACACGGCAACCUGCCUCUCCUUGUGCAAAGACGGUUCUUGCAGCCAGUCCUGUGGCAAGUUCCACGCUUCGGUGGAAGAAUCCGGCUGCAUUGAUCGCCUCCUCCUCGACCUCUGGGGUCGGCAGUGGCUUAAGCUUGAGGGUGGCCGUGCCGCUCCGGCAGAUGCCCAAGUGUUUGCUUGCAUGGCUCGAGUGCCAGCGUCGGCUGUCAAGCAUCUGCAUCAGCUUGCCAUUCGGGGUUUUUACUCUGAGCCCCGUGCACCUGGAGGGACAGCUCCUCACGCCGGCUUCGCCGUAAUCUGGCUUCCGGAGACAGACUAUCCACAUGCUUUGCAUUUAGUCCGCACGUGCACCCAAGCCGUCGCGCUGACGCGCCUUGGCAAGCGCUACGGCAUCCGCUGCCGCGAGGCUGAUGAGCAUGCUGUACAUCAGGUGAUCAGGCCAGGGAGUGACUUCCACAAAGUUAGGAUUGUGGCGCACUGGCGCCUGCACCCUUUGCCUUUCGGGUGCCAGCGCAAGCACCUUCAAGGCAUGCUCAAGUCCUGGUCUUGGGACGCAAAGCCCCUUCCACCUUCUAGAGGAGAUGCUGAGGGUGCUGCUUGGCUUGUGGGUGCCUUUGAAGACCCUCCUGGACCAGCCAUUCCAUGUGGUGGCACUUUUGUGUUGGUGCGCAAAGUCAAAGACACGUCCGCCACCGCCCCGCCAGCGGGACUCACUGGGGGCGAGAUCCGUGGUCACUCGCCAAGCCGCCCUGGCCUUCCUCCUCCGCAGAUGCCGUCCAGCGCAGGUUCCCAGACGAAAAUCAGCCAAUUGAGAGAGGAGCUAUCGCAGGGUAUGAAAGACCUCGUGCAGCAGCAUCUCACCACUUCUGAGCAGGCAACCUCGCAGCAGGCGGAGGCUUCCGAGGCACGUCUUCGCAAGCUUGAGUCCGGUUUCCAGGAACUCAAAGCCCAGAACACCAAGUUCGAAAGCUGGUUCCAGACUUUCGGCCAGAAGGUUUCUGAGUCCAGCAACCAGGUUGAGGUCCUUCAGCAGUCCAUUCAAAGACAGGCCAGUGAUGUUGCCCAGCUUAGCAGUGAGGUUAAGCGGCAAGCUGAAACUUUGCCCUCUACUGUUCAGGCUGCAGUUAGCACCUUGUCUGCCGAACUCGCCGCGCAGAUGCAACAGCAGUUUCAACAGCAAAGCAGCCAGCUCGAGGCCCUCUUGUCGAAGCUGGAUCUCAGUGUCCUUGCCCUUGUCGCCGUCUGUCUGCUGGCGUGUGGCCUGCAGUCCUUUGUUUCCUUAGCCCGAUUGGGGGUCAGUCGGGUCUUUCUUGUGCUCGCAUUCUUUGCCGCCUGCACUGCAACAACUGCGAGUGCUCACGUAUCUGCACUUGGCAAGGGUGGUCGGUCGCCCUUUCAUAUCGUUCUUUACUUCAUGUGCCUUCUGCCUGCCAAUGCUUUCCCCUGCUCUGCUGGAGCAUGUCGCUUCGGGGAAGCGCAGCACCCAGGGUUGACGCGCAACUCCGAGCUCUUUGCAGACGCCAAGGGCGUAACCUGCGGGUCGCUUCCGGGGCACCUGCUCCCUUGCGAGCUCAUAGUGAAUGGGCGGGCAGUUGGUCCGGUCUUAGCUCAGGGCUGCCCUUUGCUCUUUGCCAACGUGUACGGCUACAGCCGUAGCCAUCUCCAAGCAGCUGCCGCGACUGACGCUCUUUUGGAGCCAGUCACAAAAGAGGUUGUCUUGGGCCGCGCUGGCCCCCGCAUUGUGUGUGGUGAUCUGAGUGCGGACGAGUCCGCUUUGCUUCAGGUUCAAAUUUGGCGACAGCAAGGCUGGCUGGAGCUCCAAGAGUUGGCUUGGCAAAGAUGGGGGCGUGUCCCGUGCGCGACUUGUAAGGAUGCUACCAGGCGUGACUUCCUGUACCUGUCACCGGAAGCCGCCGCAUUGUGCAUCGACAGUUCUGUUACAGACAUUUUUCAAGAACACUCGACCAUUUCUGCCAAACUUCGAAUUGCUUCCAAUGCUGGUGUGAUCAGGUGUUGGCCGCGCCCUGCGGAAAUACCAUGGAGUUGCAUUGCAUUGGAUGGCCUUAAUGGGCAGCCGCAUGCACCGCUUCCGCCGUAUUUAGAUACCACUCACCGGUUUCAUAAGCAUGCGCAAAUGUUUGAGCAGAGUUUAAAUGGCCAUGUUGACUGUCCCGGGCGGCAGCUUCCAGCAGGAUGCUUCGGGCGCGCCCGCUUCACGGAGCCUGUCCAAAAGCCAGUUGCCAUCUCCAUUCCAAAGGCGAGCCGUGCUGGCGAUGAAAUUCUAAAAAGUGAUUUGCUCUCCUUGGAAGUACGUCACUGGCACAAGCAACUUCGCCGCCUCCAAUCCCUGUGGCAAGCUCUUCAGAGACCUCGUUACGACCUCAAUGCACUCGAAUAUCACUCACAACAGGGCAGCCCCGCUGCAUUGCCAAUGAAUGUCCCGGACCCCAGCUCUGCGCAUGCCAUCUUUCUGGAUUUUCGCGACAAUUUCCGUCGCUUUGAAAGUUGGCACAUCUCACAACGCGGCAAGAUUCUGACCGCCAAGCAUGAUGAGUCCAAACAGAGACUCUUUCAAGAAUUGCGAGCUGAGGGUGGCAAGCCUGUCGAUGUUCUUGUCAACUCUCAGGCGUACGAAGUCCUGGCUGUGGACUCCCAGGACCGCCUGCUGCACAUUGCUCGACCCCUCCAGCUCGCCGGACAUUCUGAGUGGCGGCUGGAUGGCCAUAUCGUUGAGGUCUCUGAGGUUUCUCCUGAGGUCUGCCGUGUCGCAGGCAACGUUCCCCUUUCUGUUGAUAGUGAGCUUGAGCAACUUCAAUUCGUUUCCUCUGCUGAGGACGUGCAUGCUGAGUUUGUUCAAUUUUGGUCGCAACGUUGGAACAAGCCUAGUUCUGACGAACAAUGGCAACGAAUUCUUCAGUUCUCUCGCGCAUAUCUGCCCCAGCGCCCGCUGGUUCUUCUUCCAAUUUCCACCGUCCAGUGGCAGGCCGCACUCCGGAGGUUCAAGACGCGGGCGGAGCUCCUUUUCAUGCUCCACGAUAUCGAGAAUGGCGCCCCCUGGCCCACUCAGCUUCAAGUUGGGCUUGUCAACGCCUUGCACAAGCGCAAUGGCUGCGAGAAUGUUCAGGGCUUCCGGCCGAUCUGUGUGUUCAGCGUUGUCUACCGCUGCUGGGCCGGCAUCAGGGCCCGCCAAAUCUUGCAGCGGUUGCGGGAUUUUAGUCCCGAAGGAGCCCUGGGAUUCAUGCCGCACCACGAGGCAUCUGAGGCAUGGUUUCUCAUUGAAGGUCUGGUUGAGCGCGCGCUUCAAGCAGACCAGCCACUUGCUGGUUACGGCACUGACCUUGUUCGGGCUUUCAAUAAUUUGCCUCGCGCUCCGCUUUUCGCAGCUGGAUUCCUGGGACUUCCCAACAACAUUUUGGAUCCGUGGCGUGCUUUUGUUCACGGCAUGCAGCGACGCUUUGUAGUCCAGGGGGCCAUCAGCGAGCCAGUCCUUUCCAGUUGUGGAUUUGCAGAGGGAUGUCCGCUCAGCACUGUUGCAAUGAGCGUCUGUAGUUUUCUAUACCACGAGUAUAUGAGAGCAUUCGCGCCCUCGGUUGAAAGCCUCAGCUACGUUGACAACUUACUGGGGAUUGGCAAAGGCGCCUUUGAUGUUGCAAUUGGCCUUAAUACCACCCGAUGCCUUUGCGAGGCCCUUGCUCUCAAGCUCGAUGAAAGCAAAACCUACGCGUGGGCCACCACGGCCGGACAGCGUCGCAUCCUUCGAGAGAUGCAUGUGCCCGUUCUGGAAUCCUGUGUGGAGUUGGGAGGGACGCUCUCCUUCGGUCCUGCCACUCGCAACAGGCCCCUUGUGCAGAAAUGCAAAAGCCUGCCACCUCUGUUUGCGGCCCUGCAACGCUCGAAAGCAUCCUGGCACGUCAAGCUCUCGGCCUUGCCCAUCAAGUUCUGGAGUUUUGCUUUGCACGGCAUUUCCGCCUGCCCCAUCUCGGACUCUCUCUUGCAGUCCCUUCGGACGCAGGCUGUCCGUGCACUCAAGUCAGCACCCGCCGGGGCGAGCCCGGCCCUUCGUCUAUCCCUGUGCUCCCCGCCCACGGCAGAUCCGGGCUUUUAUCAGUGUUGGAACUGUCUCACGACUGCACGUAGGCUCUGCAGCAAGCAGCCCAGGCUUCUCGUUCUGUGGACUGACUUUAUGCAAAGGUUUGAUGGACGGCUUUUGCAUGGUCCAUUUUCUAAGUUGGUUGCUGUGCUUGGGGGGAUCGGUUGGAGGGUUGGCCGUCCACCCAUGAUAAUUGAUGAAGAAGAUCUUUCACACGACUUGCUGCUCAUCCCUCUCCCGGCCCUUCGUCGUUUGGCAGAGCGGGCUUGGCUUAACAGCCUUGCGUGCGCACAUGCGCACCGCCCCAGUAUGGCGGGGCUGAACGGGCUGGACCCCGGCCUGGCAAGACUCGACCAGCAACACCUCAGCCCGACUGAGGCGGCCCGGGUCGCCGCCCUCCAGAGCGGGGCCCUUAUGUUCGGUGAGGCCCAGGCCAAGUUUGAUCUGAAGCUGUCAUUGCGAGAUGGGAUGUGCUCCCUCCCUGGAGACGCACCCACACCAGCCCGCGAAAACUUUGACCUUUGGCAGCGCAUCUGGGAUCAGGUUAGUGAACUCCAAGUUGGGCAACUCCGCGUCCAGCAUGUUACAUCGCACCUUGACCCAGAACAGUGCUCUGAUGUCUUUGAGGAGUGGGUCGCCAAGUGGAACGCACAUGCUGACACAGUUGCGGGUACAACCAACGUAAACCGGACAUGGCCGUUUCAGCAGGUCUGGAGGCGUGCGCAGCAGUAUUAUGAUGACACAGCUAAGUGCCUGCGAGCCCUUCGAGUCACGUAUCUUCGCAUCGCUGAUGCAGCCGGAAGUGGGCCUUCCGACCCUGAGGUCAGCUUUGAGUAUGACGCCGCGGAUAUCAAUGACAAUGACCUUCCUGUCGGCCGCACUGCUUGCGCUGUGCGACUGUUUCAGAGCUUGUGUGCAUAA